CGCACAGACCUUUGUAGUGUGUCAGUGAUCGCGGAGUUGUGUGUCGGUGUCAGUCCUGUCAGUGAAUAGCCCUGUGUGUCUGCCUGUCUGAUCGAUACACCAGCAAUUAGUCAGCUCCAAUUAGGUCCCAUUAACCCGCCAAUCAGAGUGUGUUCAUCUGCUGCUGCUGCUUUCUCCUCCGACAACAGCUGGGAUGCGUGAGUAGAAAGCCCGCCAGGCUCAUCUACAGCACCCAGAGGUGUCUCCAAACAUGGACAGGAUAGGGGUGUCAUUCCUGGACCCUUUGGAUGACUACGAGUUAAUUCACCGGAUUGGGUGCGGCACCUAUGGAGAUGUGUUCAAGGCUCGUAACAUCAGGACUUCAGAACUGGCAGCUAUCAAGAUUGUCAAGCUGGACCCUGGUGAUGACAUCACAUCCAUCCAGCAGGAGAUUACGAUGAUGAAGGAGUGCAAGCACAAAAACAUUGUGGCGUACUUCGGCAGCUACCACAGGAACACCAAACUGUGGAUCUGCAUGGAGUACUGUGGUGGAGGGUCACUUCAGGAUAUUUACCAUGUGACGGGCCCAUUAAGGGAGAAACAGAUAGCUUAUGUGUGCAGAGAAACACUCCAGGGUUUGUAUCACCUGCAUGAAACAGGCAAAAUGCAUAGAGACAUAAAGGGAGCCAACAUCCUUUUGACAGAGAGAGGAGAUGUCAAGCUGGCUGAUUUUGGAGUGGCGGCAGAGAUCAGUGCCUCGGUGGCCAAAAGGAAGUCUUUUAUAGGAACUCCCUACUGGAUGGCUCCAGAGGUGGCUGCAGUGGAAAAAAAGGGUGGGUACAACCACCUGUGUGAUAUCUGGGCCGUCGGCAUUACUGCCAUUGAGCUGGCUGAGCUCCAACCGCCCAUGUUUGACCUCCACCCAAUGCGAGCACUGAUGUUGAUGUCCAAGAGCAGUUUCCAGCCUCCAAAACUUAAGGAUAAAUCCAAGUGGUCUGCAGGUUUCCAAAGCUUUGUGAAGAUGGCUCUCAUUAAAAAUCCUCGUAAAAGGCCCUCAGCUGAGACACUGCUGCAGCAUCCGUUUGUGACACAGCUACUUACCCGUAACCUGGUCAUUGAGCUUCUGGACAUGGCCAACAACCCUGAGCUCCACUCUACCCACACACACAGCUUGGACGACAAUGAACUGGAGGUUGGAGAAAUGGCUCCUGACAAGAUUCAGUCAGCAGGGAAACACCUGCCUGCAGAAAGGACCCUGUCUGAAGAGCAAUUUGACCAAGUGAAGUUUGGACCCCCACUGAGAAAGGUCACAGAGCCUUAUCCUGAUUUGCAGGGCUGUUAUGAUGAUGACUGGAGUCUGUCUGGAGAUGAAGACAACUCACCGAGCCUGUUGGAAUGUGUGGAGCAAGCUCUGCAGCUGAGGAGUUUAACCAUUAGGAGAGCGCCAUCUUCUGAUGGAGGAAAGAAAAGUGGUCUGUUCGGUCCAUCUACAGCCUCCCUGCCAGCCUUCAGCUCUUUAACUCCCAGCACAGAGGACAGAGACCCGACGCUGAGACCGAGCUGUACGUUGGGCCCUGACACCGCCAUCACUGCUGACUCCAACUCCACUACAGUCUUAGCCAGGUGCUCAGCCACACAGGACAUAAGACAGCGCUGCAGUCAUCCAUGUUUGCCUGCGGGGGAAGCUGUAACAGCAGAGAAGAGGAAGGUUACCACUGUUUCGUCUCCAAAAAGAGAGACACCACUAUCGCCUGAAUGGAGCACACUAAGGAAAAAGACUGAAGACUCUAGGGCUGAUUGUCAUGGACUUCCUCCUACCCCUCAAGUCCAUAUGGGAGCCUGCUUUUCCAAAGUCUUCAAUGGUUGUCCUCUUAAAAUCCAUUGUGCUGUCACCUGGAUUUUACCCAAGACAAGAGAUCAAUACCUUAUCCUUGGGGCAGAGGAAGGCAUCUACACACUGAACCUUAAUGAACUUCAUGAAGAUACACUAGAGAAGCUACUCCCUCAACGAUGCACGUGGCUGUAUGUUAUGAACAAUGUGCUGAUGUCUGUAUCAGGGAAGUCGUCCCAGCUUUAUUCCCACAGUCUGACGGCUCUGUUUGAACAGAGAGGACAUCUGCAGAAGAAGCAUGGCAGUCUGUCCCUCAGCACCAACCGCUUCACUGAGAGGAUCAGCCCCAGAAAGUUUGCCAUAUCUGUGAAGAUUCCCGACACUAAAGGCUGUAGGACAUGUAGUGUAGCAAGAAACCCAUACACAGACAGCACAUUUCUAUGUGGGGCGGUUCCAUCUGGCCUGGUUCUACUACUGUGGUAUGAGCCUCUCCAGAAGUUCAUGCAUCUAAAGCAUAUAUCAAUAAAGCUACCAGACUCUCUGCCAAUAUUUGAGCUCCUGAUGUUGGUGACAGAUGAAUUUCCCCAGCUGUGUGUUGGGGUGAGAGACUGUAGUAACGGGAAACCCCCAACCAGUCAACAGCUCAAGUUUGAUAUUAUAGAGCUGAACGGCACCCCUGUUUCAGUACCAGAUAGUGGAGCACUUAGGGCAGUACAGGUGACCCAACUGGACAGAGACACUGUCCUCAUCGCAGUAGACAAAACUGUUAAGAUUGUGAAUCUGCGAGGGCUUCCAUCCAAAGAGCUGGCUGCUGAAAUGGUCUUUGACUUCCCCAUUGAAACACUAGUCUGCUUACAGGAUAGUGUGCUGGCUUUCUGGAAGCAUGGCCUUAAAGGGAAGAGUUUUCAUUCAAAUGAGAUAACGCAAGAAAUUACAGAUGAGAGUCGAGUAUUCAGAGUUUUGGGAACAAACAGGGACAUCAUCCUUCAGAGCACACCGACAGAUGAACCCUCAGCACUGAGCAACCUGUAUAUCCUGACUGGACAUGAAAGCAGCUACUGAGAGAAAAUGGGUCAUCUUCUUCAAAAAUCACACUGAAGAAAAAUGCACAUCUCUUCUAUAACCCUGUGGUAGACACGAUGUCCUCCUUGACUGAAGCUGUAGCAGACACCAGCACCAACUGAUCCCACCAACUCCCUGCUGUGAAUGACAAAUGUCAGCAUGGGAUUCAGUUUCACACUCAAGACUCAUUCAGACUGUAUUUUGUUGGAAACGGACUUAGAGACUUGUCAGCAUGCUAUGCGAGAUUCUAAUUCUUAGGUGUGCUUAUUGAAGUUGCAAAAGCCAAGAUUUUUAUAUAAAAAAGUUCAUCCUCCAGCCUAAAUAACAGUGCAACUAUUACAGAGAAGACAUUUCCAUUCCUGCUAAGUGAGAUGCCAUAGAUCUACUGCUGUCAGUAUGGACCAUAGACUGUAGAAACACAUGGACAUAACAUCUGUGAUAUGACACAUAAUCUUCUGAACUGAUGUUUUAAAGCUUUAGUUUGAGUUUACUGUUUGCUGUCGUCUUUGUCAGCUACUGGAACCAGAAUAUUUGGUCAAAUGGGAGGACACUUGAGAGGAACUGAGGAAGGAUGAUCAAGUUUCAAAAAUCACAGCUGAGUUUGAUAGGCUCCUGUCAAUCAAACACAUGAAUAAACCUUAAUAUUCUUAAUAAUAAACAAACAGGGAUUGACAUAACUGCUACAGACACACACAGUAGAGGAUGUGAUAGAAUUUAUGAGUUUUUCAAGGGAUCUCUGUGGAGUCUGAGACUUUUUAGAGCACCUAGUGACAAUUGGUGGUACUGCAGCUUAAAGCAUUUGGACUUCGGUUUCACUACUCAGCCACAGGGUUUGCCUUUUUUGGGUAUAAUUUUUUCCCCACACUGUAAUGCUGCUCUCAUGCCCUGUUGGAGUUACUUUAAUUGCAAGUUUCAUUCUUAUAAAUACUGUUCAAGUCAACAUCCACAUCAUAAUUACAACUGGGAAACUCAGAUCUUCCUGAGAGCACUGAAUAUGUCUAUGUUGGCGCUUAAUGAUACGGAAGACAAAGUUUGUCAGUCAAGGUAAUUAAACCCAGACUUGGAUGGAUAUAGGGCUAUAUUGUCAAUACACAGUAUCUUUACUCCUCACACAACCAAAUCUGCAAUCAUACAACUAUCCUGAGUUGUCUAAUGAUGUGAACCUGACUUGGUCUUUACGACUACUGUUUGGUGUAUUGAUUAAAGAAAUAAUCCAUCAAAAACCUGUGUUGAAAGUAUCAAGAAUUCACCACUGAUGAUUUGAAAAGUGGCUAUGAAAAAUUUGUUACAGGGAGUACAGCAGUUGUCGUCUAUGUGUAAUGUAACAUUAGCAUUCAAAAUAAACAUCGGAAAGUCACAUUAGCAUAAUCCCAACCUCUGUGUGUCCCACUGAUCCAAUUUUAAAAAACUGUAGGGAAAUAAUGAAUGCUUAAGUCUCAAACUGAGCCAAUUUUCAAUCCCACUUCAUGGUUUCACUUAGCAUUCAGCACUCAGUGUAAUUUCACAGAAGGCUUCUUUCACUUUUCUCUCAGAAAGCCUGAAACUGAAAAUUCAUCAAUCACAGUUAGCAUGAGGCUUUUACUGGGAUAAUGUAUGUAGUUGUAUGCUAACUCAAGAACUGACGAGGUGUUUAAAUUUGACUUCCCAGUACAGGACUAGAUACUCUUAAAAAUAGGGAUAGAAACACCCAGUAUCAUGUUUUGGGUUUGUAGAAAGAAAAAUAAAAGAAACCUUCAACAAGAAAAUACAUUAUCUAGAUGAAGUUAGCUUAAAAAGGUAGCAGAAUGUUACCUGGAAUGUUAAAAAGAGUGUUUGUAACCAAAUGAACUUUUCAAAUGUAUUUAUUUUAUCUAAGACCAUGUAAUUCUGAAAAUCACAUUUAAAUGUAUUUUGACAAUUGUGAAUGUGCUAGUUUAGCAGCAUUUACAUUAUGUGCCACCAUUUUGAUUCAUGGUCAUUCCACUGCAGUCAAGUUACCCAUGGGUGUCAAACACAGCUUUAAUGUGUGACUCCUCCAUCACUUUUAAUAAUUCAACUUCAAAUAGGCUAAAUGUACAUUUAUUUACAUGGGGUGCCAUAUAACCUGAAUGAAAACUAUUGUACUUAUGCUUGUUUGAAAAACAAAUGUAAAUUCCACUACAUUAGUUUUAUGUGUAAUUAUAUUUAUGUUAUUUAUGGAAAGGAAACUGUAUAAGUAACACUCACCUUUCUCUGCAAGAUACUUGAAAGGCAUAAUAUGCAUAUGGGUUUUUCUUUUUAAAGAUGUUUUUACUGUAUAACUGUGUAUAAAAUUAUCUAUACAACAAUACAGUAUGCUUUUACAGUAUGGAGGGAUUGUAAUAUGCAAAAUAAAGAUUUUAAUAUCCUUUAAAGCUAAAGCAGAUUUAGAUGCGGUAGCUUCAGAAAGUAUUCAGACCCCUUCACUUUAUUGUGUUGUAGAUUUAGUUUUAAAUUGAUAAAAUUGCCAUUUUGCCCAUCAAU